ACAGACCCUCCCGUCCAAACGGGCUGGCACUGCCCAGUUACAUCUACGCGACCAACCUACAAACCAGUGCGUCUUUGGGCCGUACGUGGAACCGGAGCACCCGGGGGAAACUCACGCGGCCACGGGAGGACAUACCAGAACUUUACUGAAUUGAACCCGAGUCGGCAGCGUUGCAAUCGCGUCACGCUAACUGCCACGUUACUGUGCUGCUCCAAUGAAAAAUCGAUCUGCAUAUUAAUCUCUCCCAGUGCUAAAUAAUGUUUCAAUCCAAAAAUGCUUCUCUCUCACAGACGCGGUUUUACCUUCUGAGGGUUUCCAGCACUUUCUGAAAUCCCUGUGCUGUAACCCUCGAACCCGAAAGCCUCCCUGGUCCUCAGGGCCGUUACUUCAUUAGUGUCGGCUCUCCCAACAGCGUACGUACCGGUGCCAAAGGUGGAGUCGUCCUUAACGACUGCAGAACAUAAUGAAACACACUUCAGCCUAACUGUUCAGGGAGUCGAUCACACCAGAAUCAAACCCGGAGUGGCCGGGAUUCCGCGGACCAAGACCUGCCAGGUUGGGAAGGAGCGAUGCAGGGAGUGUCCCGACCCUGAUUUACUUAACCCAGAGCUCGCAGCGCAGAGGGCCGAUCCCACCCAAUGUUUACGGUGGCUGCUUUCACCGGACGACCGUGAUGUCCGGAAUUCGGAUCUUGCGCAUCUUUGGACUCAUUCUCGGUUCCGUCGCCCAGAGCCCGGAGCUCGCAGCCGGCUGUCGGCUCUAUCCGUUUAACGUGACCAUCCGGAGCGGCGGGCAGAGCAGCUGCCGCGGGAGCCACGUCAGCCACGCGUGUGUGGGUCACUGCGAGUCCAGCGCCUUUCCCUCCAAGUUCUCGGUGCUGCAGGCCAGCGGGUUCAGGCACAACAUCACCUCGGUGUCUCAGUGCUGUACAAUCGGCAAGCUGGAGAAGGUGAGGGUGAGUCUAUCCUGCGGCGAGAGGACGGAGGAGCUGGACAUCUUCUCGGCCCGGAGCUGCCGCUGUGACAUGUGCCGCCAGUCGCGCUACUGAGGCUCCGACUGACCCCACCGGGAGCACACCGACCGCCCCAGGGACACGGGGGGUGCGGGGUCUCUUCACCGACCGACCCAGGGACACGGGGGGUGCGGGGUCUCUUCA